AUGAAUCAAUAUAGCAUAUUCACAACAUAUUAUAAUCUGGUAAAGUUGAAAAGAACUGGAAGUAACUCUACUAAAAAUGUUCUGGUCGUCCCAAAAAUCAUCUUGGAGGGUUUAAAGAUUUGGAAAUCUUCUAGAAAAUUGGCAUCCAAAUUAUCGUUAAAAG